AUGGCAAGUGAAAGUACGGCUGCAAGAGUAGAUAUAGUUGAUGAUGACUAUCAAGAGUUUGACCAUACUUCUACUAAGAAAAGAUUGACAUCUAAGGUGUGGGAAGAAAUGGAAAAGAUUAAUUCGGAGAAGGCACGAUGUAAACACUGCAAGAAAAUCUUACAAGCUGGUUUGAACAUUGUUGAUGAUAUUGUUUCUAAGAUUCAUGAUGGUGUGAAAAAUAUAAAGAAAUCUGUUGCCCGAAAGCAUAGAUUUUAUGAUUUUGCUGAAAAAAGUUUUCACUUAAACACAACUAGAAGAUUGAUGUUAGAUAUGUGUGUGAGAUGGAAUUCAAUUUAUUUGAUGCUUGAACAUGCCAUUUAUUAUAAGCAAGUCUUACAACAUUGGGGGCAAAGGGAUAUUUUUUUCAAAAUGUUUAUGCUUUCGGAAGAAGAAUGGGGAAAGGUGGAUAAACUUCACAAAUUCUUAAAGGUUUUUUAUGAUGUUAUUUGCAUGUUUUCUACCACUAAGUACCAUACUUCAAACAAUUACUUCAAGGGAGUGUGGAUGAUUCACAGACAUUUAAUGUUAGUGAGUAAGGAAUCUCAGAAUUUUAUGACUGACAUGGUUAGAAAUAUGAAGGAGAAAUUUGAUAAAUAUUGGGAUGAAUAUAGUAUGAUUUUGUCUUGUGCUGCUGUGUUGGAUCCUCGUUGCAAGAUUAGGUUAGUGGAGUAUUGUUUUGAUAAACUUUAUGGGAAUGAAGCUGAGGAGCAUGUUAAUGCUAUAAUUAAAACUCUUCAUGAUUUGUUUGAUGAAUACAAAGAAAAUUUUUCCUACACCUCCUUUAUUGGAUCUUGUAGUCAGUUUGACAUGAGUGAGAGAAAUGGUGAUGGUGAUGGGCUUGAGGAAUAUGAGCAAUUUUUGAAUUCAAAAAGAAAGAUUCAAAGUGAAAAAACUCUGUUGGACAUUUACUUGGAGAAACAAAACCUUGAUAUCAAGGCAGAUGUUGAUGUUUUGGAGUAUUGGAGUAAGAGUUCACUUAGGUAUCUUGAAUUGGCAUCAAUGGCUCGAGAUAUUUUGGUUAUUCCUAUUUCCACAGUUGCAUCUGAAUCUACAUUUAGCAUUGGGAAGAAGGUGAUCAAUCUUUGGAGAAGUUCACUUAAAUUCAAGACAAUUCAAGCUUUGAUUUUCCAAUUGUAUGCAAUGGGAUCAAGCUUGUUAGGGGCUUCUUCAAAAUUAAGCUUGUUAGAAGAGGAUGAAGGAUCAAAUAGUAGUGAUGAUGAURAUGAAAAUGUUGAACUUGAUGAUAUGUUUUAG